GGGUAGAUCGAGUUGUUUGUUGUUUGGCACAUAAAGUGGUCUCUUUUUUUAUGCGUGCGCUCUCAACCCGUCCAAUGGGUCAAACUUUUGAAAAGCUCUUCAUUAAACAUUUAACGAGUCUCGAGAGCGGCGCAGUCAAAGGCGCGAUUCGUUCCAGUACAGAGUAACGUCUGCAAAAUAAAAAUGAUUUGUUUUCGAUUUUGCGUGUUGGCCGUUUUGGUACUUGGAGCUUCGGCGUUCCCAGACGGUGCACCGAUUGAUGCGUGCGUGAAACCACGCACAAAUCAACCAAAUCAUGGUAGGGCCAGGUCACAGGCACCAGAAAGCAGCCCAUAUCAGAUUUUGGCAUCUGGAAAUGUGUAUGGACCAGGAUCACAAAUUCAAGUAACCAUCCAAGGAAGAGACACUUUCAAAGGUUUCCUUAUUCAGGCGCGUGACGCCGUGACCAAUGAAUGGAUCGGAGGAUGGUUGGAGGGUCCUAACUUCAAAAUCCACCCUGAAUGCAGUGCUGUUACUCACGCUGAUCCCAAGGAAAAACAGCAGGCUACUUUUAUUUGGCAAGCACCACAACACAUUUCCCAAGGCUCGGUUUAUUUCACUGGAACAGUGCUCAAGGAGUACAGCACUUUUUGGUCAGACUUAGUCAGCCAAGUUGCAGCGAAAUAAACAUCACAAUGUUACAGUGUUAAUUUAAAGAGCAAUACUGGUUUCUUUCGUAAGUUCUGCACGAUUGCGUCGAAAUGAAUUUAUACAAAAAUCGAGAGAAUACUCUUACGCAACACACAUAAAUCAGUCAUGACAUCAAUUCACGCUUACCAGUGUUUAUAUUAUAUACGUAUUACGACAGUAACAUUAUAGUUUAAAUAAAUUGUUUUUUUAGUAAGCUUUUGUUUUUACUUAAUAUGUAUUACUCUUGAUGGCGCAUACAGUGCUGUUUUUAAGUAAUGGGUAUAAGC